UUUUUAAUCAUUUCGAAGAUGAAUAUGCUAAAGGAAACAGAAAACCACAGCUGCGCAUCUCAAAUGAUCAAGUCAUUCCUUACUCAUUUCUCCUCAGUUUCGGUUUCAAAAACAAGAGAAAAAUAUCAAAAAACUGCUCUCAAUCAAGACAUCCUUCGUAUCGUAUUUUCGUUCCUGAACCAAUCUUGUCUUCGGUAUUAUGUAUCCUUGGUCUGUAAAGAAUGGGCUGAACUCGCGCGCCCCUUGAUUAUUAAGUCUCUCUGCUGGGAAGCUCUUAUUCCUGACGACCCGACAGAACGAGCUACGCAAUUUCAGAAAGCUGUAACAAUUAACGAGCUUACAUGGAUGCGUGGAUACCGGGCCCGGCGCAGCUCCGAUCCUUAUGUCCGUAUAAGCAUCUAUCAACAAUCAUAUGACUUUGACGAAGAAAAGACAAGAUGGGGAGAUUUAGUUGAUGUUUUGCAAUCGGUCGGUACUGACAGCAAAGAUCGUUGGAAGCCAAGAAUACAAAAACUCGAAAUAUCCGCUGCCUUCUUUGUUCCAGUUUGGCCUAUUCCACUAGCGCUUGGAGCCUCAUUGACAAAUUUACAUAUUUGGGGGUGUUUCAGCCAAACUGUAUUUCCUUGGAGGCUGUUCUUAAAGUCAUGUCCAAAGCUUUUGCAUCUUAAUCUGCGUUCUACAGCUCUUUAUGGUGACCCAAUUCAAUUGGAGGAUCCCCAGAAUGGCAUUAUCAGCAACUUGGAUGAUCCUAGAUCUGAUAAUGGUUUUGUUAUGGAAGUCUGGUCUCUGCAAACAUGCAUCCUUCAAAGGUUCACCUUGAGCAAAUCGUCAUUAAACCCCUUCUUGAGUGCCUGUCCUGAAUUACGCAUGCUUUACUUGAUCGAUGUUAUACCAUUUACAAGACCUCCGCCACAAGACCCCGUCGCAAAACCCGUUCAUUUGUUUGCCAGGGAACUUUUCGAAUAUAUUGGCCACGUAUGCGCAGAGCUCUGUCCCAAGAUUCGGUCUCUUUGCAUUCCAUUACCGCUUAAUGAGUAUGGUUCCCGAGAAAUGGGAGGGAUAUGGGGACCUGUCUCAACCAUAUCUCCAAAUGUCCAGCAGCAACAGCAACAGCCUACAAUCCAACUGCAAUCACCUCACUUUGCCAACAUCGAUAGCUGGGGGUUUGCGGUAAAGAACAUGCACCUGAGGACAUUUUCAUUUCUGCAGGAAUGUCAAAUUCAAAAUCGCUUGACUUCUUUAGAGAUCUUUGGAAGCACCCCUAGGAAUAUUUCAUUUAAUCUAGCGGACGAAUUUAUGCCAUAUGGGCCGGAGGCCGCUGUUGGGAACCUGCUUCAUGCAUUCAUGUGUCAAGCUCCUAAUUUAUUGCAUGUCAAAGCUCGGGAAGUCAAUGUUGAAAUCGAUUUCUUGCACCCGACACGCCCUUCGACCCUUUAUUCAGGGUCUUAUUCAUUGGGCACCCUCAGUAGAACAGAUGGCCAGAAGCGACCGAUUUGGGCCUGUCGGAAUUUGCGGACUCUCCAUUGGAAAUUUGAUGAACGUCAAGCGGGUCAUCGGCCUGGAUUCGAUCGAAUGAGGCUCUCUAGGAUGCUAUUUGGAUAUAUCAGUCGGGUCUGUCCCAAGCUCCAAGAUCUCUCGAUACAGAGCGACAUUCUUGAACUUUAUGCGGAGGGUGGGCUAUGUCUGCUCUCACGGCUGAAGUGUCUUGAGCGAUUAGAACUAAUCAUAUCUAGAAGUGAGCAACUGCUCGAAAUCCAUGACCUAGACUGGAUUCAACGAAACUAUGUAUACCAACAUGAUGACAACAACGAUAACAACGGUACUACUUUAACAUCGGGCCUGUAUUCGACUCAAACUACCACUACAUCAAUAUCAGAUCACACUACAAAAAACAAUAUUAGUCAAACGGAAAAACAUAUCCUUGCGGCUAUCGAGUCUGAUAAUCAGUUAAAAACUCGCCUACAGCCGCGCUCUCAGUCACAAACUCAAACACAUCGAUAUGGACGUAAGCUACUGAGAAAUGAGGGACACCAGACUUCUUCAAUGAUUGAUGGAGUAGAUCUCCAGCAUUUGGGGGAGAUUGGGGAUAUUACGAAGUACUUUGAGGAACGACGAUUGCAAAGGAAUAAGUGCCUCUGGCCUAAUAUGGAGUAUUUUCGAACGUGUUUUAUAUUUCUUUCACGCGAGAAUACGUCAGACCGCAAGUGGCCACAACUGAUGAAAAUACUUCGACCAGAUAUUAAAUUUGAAUACGAUCUGGGUAACUACUAAAACGCAGAGGUGGUAUAUGUAUAUUCUUACCAUAUUGGCUUUUUUAUAAAUAGGGG